AUGAGUGGAAUAAGUCAGUUGAUGUCGCCGGUGCUGCUCUUCGUGUCGCUGCUGGGUUUGGUUUCGACAGAGACAGAUCCUCUCGACGGUGAUACCUCUUCUGUUGUUUCCUGGUGUUUCUUGUCUUUCGUUCUUGAACGAAUCAGAGUUUUCGGCGUGCUUUCCUUUCUGGUCAACCAAGAAGACGGUUAUAAGUAUGUUUCUUUUACGCCUGCGUAGCAUCGGGGUGGGGAGGAAUUGUUCGGUCGUGGAUGCAGCAGCCCUACUGUCGUUGCUGUUCUCGUCCGGCUUAAUCGCCUAAACUGGAACGGGGAGAAGGUCCUUAGGAUGGUUUAGUUCAUAAUUUUCAGCCCGCGUAGGCAACACCUGAUUUAGAACGUUGAGAGUUUUUGAACCAUUGGCUUCUCUGCUGGUGUAGAGGAAACGUUUACAUGUCUGGCUGAACUCGUCUCACGUUAUGGCAAAUGAAGUCUCGUUCUUUCGGGGAAACAUAGAUGCUCCAAUCGUUCAUUAUGACGUGAAAAGGCUGAAGGUCAAAUAUUUUAUCUGUCAUAAACGUUAUUUGGUAAAAUGAUACAUAUAUGUUAUCUUCUGUUAUACAUUAUUAUAUUGAAAUAUUAUAAUAAUAAAAUAAAAUUUAAAAAAAAUCUAGAAUUUUCUUGUCUACACAACAUAGAGGGGUUGCAUUAGUAUUUAUCUAAUAACUUCGGGUGAAUUUAUUUUUAUGCCUACUUUUAUAGAAAAUCUAAAUCAAUGUCGCCUACAAUUAUUUUAAUUUUUUAUUCUAUGGAUUAGUUAAUGGUUUUUUAUAAAAUAUGCUAUGAUUAAUUAAUUAAUUUUUAUAUGAUUUUAAAAAAAAUUAAAAUUAGUGAGUACCUAACGUUAAGGGCUCGCCAUGUGGCUUAGGCUAAACUUGGUGACUAAACACAUCCCAUCUAGCUAUUGGAUUAUGAAGCAUGAGUUUUAAUGAGGCUUUUUCCAUGCAGUUGAAGCCAUCCAUGCUCUUUAUAGAGCCCUGAACAGCCCUCCGCAGCUGAAGGGAUGGACAUCUGAGGGGGGCGACCCGUGCGGUGGGGAGCUGUGGCAUGGGGUCUCAUGCUUUGCAAAGUCCGUUAUGUCAAUGUACCGUGUGCCAGGCUAUAUGCCCAAGCUUAUAGUAUCCUUACACGGUCUUUAAUAUUACCAUUUGGCUACAAGGCAAUAAAUUAACACGUUGUGUCAUAUCAAAAACAGCAAGAUCAAGGGGCUAGGGGUUGGUGGCCAACUGGGUUUGAACCUUUCAAAUUUCAAGAACUUAAACGAACUGUGAGUAUUUUUUUUGAUUAAUUCUCAACGAAGUAAAUGGAAUGGAAAAACGAACCAAACUGUAAUCUUCUAUUUUACCCUAAAUAGUUAAUAGAAAAAAAUCAUCCAAGCCUUUUCUUCAAAUAUUUUGCUUGACUUGUGUGUAGGGACAUCAGUGAAAAUUUUAUUGGCGGUGAAAUCCCGGAUUCUUUGCCACCAACUGCGACACAUUUGUAAGAUAACUGCCAUUUCCUACUUCACAUGGAAUGCUACAUUGAUUAAGUUCUUUAAGGCGGUUGUCACCAUUUCCUAUGAGAGUGCAGAAACUUAGCUUGUAACAAGUUCAGCAUGAACGUGCCAUUCUCAUUGUCUUACUUGAAGUCCCUUACUCACCUGUGAGUAAAACUAGAUAUUUGUCAGUCUGAUUGCAUCAGUUUGUAAGAAUGGUUUUGAACUGACCGAUUUUCUUUUGCGCAGGAAUCUCAGCCACAAUUCCCUCUCUGGACAGAUUGGGAAUAUAUUUACGGAUUUUCACAAUCUGAAAUAUUUGUGAGACUCUUCAUUAUAGAUGCCUAUUUUAAUUUUUAAUUUAAAUGACCCAUGAUCUCCAUCUCCCCGCACAAGCUGUCAUCCUAAACUUACAUUGUAUGGAAUUCUGUUUGUUUAAAAUAUUUUUUCACCCUAUCCUCUUGUUGGAUCGGUGAAUUCUGAAUCUUUGAACUUCAAUUUUUUUGUACUUCAAUGUUUUCUAUUAAUGUGUUCUGAAUUUCAUGGCUGACUGCUUGAGGGCAUAUCCAAAUUUCAGGGACUUGUCAUUCAAUCACUUUUCGGGUGAUUUACCCAUCUCAUUCACUUCAUUGUCGCACCUGCAUGGACUGUAAGUGUAUGUUAAAACUCAAAAACCUUUGGACGGGUCGAAAUUCCUGCCUAGUUUCUUUAAAAGCUCUCUUCUAUUUAAAUUUUGAAUGCCUUGCUCACUCCGUUUCAGACCUCUUUGUAAGUUUGUUUCUGAGUUCCUCCUGAAGAUCUUUUCUGUAUAUAUGCAGUUAUUUACAAGAAAACCACUUCACUGGAUCUGUCGCUUUUCUUGCUUAUCUCCCGUUGUCUUCUCUGUAGGUUUCCUCUUUUAUCGUUACUUCACAGAAAUUGUUUCUAUAUUCAUUUUCCUCUCCACACCACCACCGGGAUGAACGUGACUUCUAAUAUACUGCCAUUGUUUCAGGAACCUUGAAAACAAUCACUUCAGUGGAGUCGUGCCAAAACAAUUUGAAUCUAUUCAAGAGCUAAAGUAAGAAAAAUUGUCUAUUGUUAUCUUUUGAUUUUCCUUACAUUUUAUUUAAAAUUAUUUUUUUCAUGUUGACAUCGGUCAUAACUUUAUUCUAAUAAUCAGGAUCAAUGGAAACAUGUUCCAAGCUGGAUAUGUCAUUCCUCCACGAUAUGACAUUGAAUAUUCUCCUCCAUCUAGUUCUCCACGACCUCCACCUGCCAUUUUUAGCUUGAGACAAGAUUGUAAUGUCAGCAACGACCCCAUAUCUGCAUUAAAUUGUUAUGGGGAAUAUUCUUUGGAGAGUGGACAGAGUCAGGGAGUACCAAGCUGGGGUAUUGCAGCUUGUGGAAUAGGUGGCCUGAUUUUUGUGGGGCUAAUUUUAGCUGUCGUUGUAGUCUUUGGCCGAAGAUCACGUAAAAAUAGAAUGAAGAACUUGAAGAGAUCUUGUGAUCCCGAUGUUUCUCUUCCGAUUACUUCUGUUGAAGGUAGUUUUCUUCUCUGCGCUACUUGUUUAUACUAUGUAAAUUCUGUGUUCCCAUGUUAUAGAUUUCCUAGCCACAAACCAUCCACAGACCCAUGAGCACCAGAUUUUAUAUAUGGUACAAUUAUGUCAUUUGACUCGUCUUUUAAUUUUUUGAAAACAAAAAAUAUUUCUGUUGCGCCUACAACAUAUCAAUUUUCUAGAUAGGGAUUUAAAUUGUCCGACAACUUCUACCUUAUUUAUUGAAUCUGUCAUCGUAUUACUUCAAGUAAAAGUAACAAGUCCCUAGUUUCCGGUUAUAUUUGACUCUUGAGAAUUGGUUAAUGCCAGCAUUAUAAGUACACCUUAUCCGACCUAGAAAGAUAGAAUCAAAAGGACAGAAUUAUGCCAAAAAAAAAUAUUAUUCUUAGCUUCAUACACCUGGAUGUGGGUAGUGUCUCUAUUGAAACAAAAUCUUGAAAGACAUUGUGAAAAUUGAUGUCUUAGGGUGAAUCACCAUUGUCACAGUAUCGUAUUCUAGAUUCUAGAUCUUGAUGAUAACAUGUUAGAAUUUUUAAGAUACUUUACCAUUUUUAUGUUUGAAAAUUGAUGAUUAGCUGUCAUUUCUUCAAGUUAGAUGAACGAUUAAGACCUCUUCAGUAUAUUCAUAGGUUUUUUUUUUUCGUUGUUUCGUUGUGGAUUUGUUUUUCAGGGACAAGAUUGCACACUGACAAUCUAAUCUUAGACCCUCCUUCUGUGUCUGCCCCGAAGACUGCCUCUUUUCAUCAUACAAGGUCUUCAAGAGCAUCUGGAAGAAAAAUCUCUUUAAGAAGACUCAGAGGUCUUCCUACGGUGAAGCUUUACUCUGCUUCGGACCUGCUACUUGCAACAAACAAUUUCAACGAGAGGAACUUUCUUGGAAACAGUUUAUUUGGUUCUAGUUAUAGAGCAGAUUUUCCCGGUGGCCAGGUAUUCAAUCGUAUUAAAUAGUCAAUCGAUGGCAGGAAGAACCUAGACGGUAGUAAUCCAUUCUUCGCACUAAGUUUUUCUUCUCUGAUUAUCACCCCUGGUAUAUUUAACAAUGAGACAAGUCUUCUCUCUCAAUAAUGCUGCAUUUGAAAAAAAGAAUUAUUGUAAAUUUGGCCUUUGCUGUGAUGAUAAGCUUCGUAAUAAUCUAAGUUUGACCGCGAUAUCUUUCUCUGAGAUCGUUUCGUCAAAAGUAUUCAUGUCCCACGCCAGUUCUCUGAAUGACUCGAGGUGAUUCCGUGACUUUCACAGACAUGCGUCGUGAAGAGGCUUGAAAUAGCUGCACUGCCUCCGCAGGAAGAAGAGAUGUUUAUGGAUUUUGUAUGGAAUAUGUCUCGUCUGAAGCAUCCCAGCAUCACACGUCUUCUGGGCUACUCCGUUGAGCAGGGGCAACACAUUCUAGUUUAUGAGUACAUGAAAAAUGGGUCUCUUGACUAUAUGUUGCAUUCAUCUGAUGAAAGGAAGAAACUUCUUUCCUGGAGAACCCGGGUUAAAGUAGCUGUUGGUGUGGCGCGGGCCCUGGAGUAAGUCCGAACUCAGCCUGAAGUAGAGAAAGCUUGGUUUCUAAUUUAGUCGACACCCUCAAUACAGAGAUGAAGAGCCAAAACCAUAUUCAGAUUAUUUUUCCUUAAAUAUGUUUUUCCUUUUUUUUAAUUUUAUCGGUAUAUCUGUUCUUAUUCAUAUAUGAAAUCUGCUCAGGUAUCUGCACUUGGCGUCUUCUCCUCCGAUCACUUACGAGAAUUUGAAGGCGACCAACAUUUUCCUUGAUGAUAAAUUGAUGCCCCAUCUUGGCGACUGUGGACUGGCCAUGCUAAGGCCUCUCACCAACAUAGAGUCGAAGGUAACUCAGUGUCUCUUUUCUGAAGAACAAAAAAUAUAUUUUCUUCUGUGGGAGAAAAAUCUGUCUCUUUAUUUAUUUAAAUAUAUUUAUAAAACGGGUGAUCAUCUCAGCUUCUCUAUGGUACCUUGUUAUCUUAGAUCAUUUUCAUUUUUUCUGAACAGGCUUCCAACCUUGCCGCCAGCCGAACGGGGUACACUGCACCAGAAUUUGGUGUUUCUGGGGCGGACAAAACCAAGAGUGACGUCUUCAGUUUUGGAGUGCUGCUCUUGGAGCUACUAACAGGAAGGAAGCCAUGGGACACGUGAGUGCCUCCUCAUACACAAUGACAUGCGCUUCUCUCUCUCUCUCUCUCUCUCUCUCUCUCUCUCUCUCUAGAUUUAUAUAAAUAGAGAUAUAUUGAUGGACCAUUGUCUUCUUUUUGCUUCGUUCUCUACCUGCGACAGCUCGAGGGGGAGAGAGGAGGAAUCUCUCGUGAUGUGGGCCUCUUCUCGUCUUCAUGACAUUGCCAUGCUGGAAGACAUGACGGACCCUGCGAUUAAAUCCAGCGUUGCAGCCCAAGUUCUCUCUCGAUUCGCAGACAUCGUUCUACCUUGCAUCCAGGUACGACGAGAGCCCACACGUUUCAUUUGGGUAUGCGUGGAUUUAGACCUUGGCAUAAAGCCGUUGACCCUCCAUCGGCCGCCGCAAACAGCCACAUCCCGAGUUCCGGCCCGUGAUAAACGAGGUUGGGGACCAGUUGACCCGCCUGCUCGGCAAGAUACAUCGUCAACCCCGCGACGGGCGCGGAGCGGCGAAGGCGGGGGGCGCGGAGCCGGACGUGUCGGAGUUCUCCUUCAAGACGGCCCUGUCCCAUCUGGAGCGAUUCUCACACGUUAGUGCUCUGAACAAGGUUGCCUCUUCUUCUAGCACACUGUCGUAG